AUGGCAUCCGAAGACUCAGAUUCGGAUCUUGAGGCGCUCCCUCCUUUGUUCAAUGACGACGAAGUUCCGGAGCUGUCGACGGUGCCUCGGCCCAAGACGCUGGAACGUCGUGAUGGCUGGAGUGUAGUGGAAGAGGAAACUUCGGAUGGAGGUGCUUUGCGCUGGAUGGUGUCCGAUGCUGCCUUGUCUCUAGAUCAGACGAGGGUGCAACUGACUGCGCCAGAUCUGAAGGGUGAGCGCCAUUUUUGUCGUGACGGUUUGAGGGCAGCCUCUCAUCAAAUUAUGGUGCUGGCUUUGGCUUUGGCUUUGGACUCCACUUCCGAGUGCUUGCGACAUUCCUUGUGCGUCCUGGGUGGCGGCGGAAUGGCAUUGCCAAUGGUUCUGGUGACCCAUGUGCAAUCUGUUUGGGUCCAUGUGGUGGAGCUUCACGACGUGGUGAUCGACUUUGCCGUCAGAUAUUUCGGAGCAAGCCAUGAGCGACUUCUUGUGCAGCAGGAAGAUGCCCUCAGCAUCGUGCAGGGGCCCAAGCGGCCUUGGCCUCCCGCGAGUCUGGCGGGUCUUGUAGUUGACAUCGAUUUUCUUCGUGGAACAGCCCCUCCAAAAUUUCUGUCCUUGGAAUUUUGGGAAGCUCUUUGGGCGACGAUGAAGCCUGAUGCCAUUGUCGCAGUAAACACCAUUGGGGCUGAAGCAACCGAUGUGCAGGCACUCGCUCGGCUCGCUCGUAUGGCAGCCGUCGAAACGUUUGGGGCCACGGCCAUUGGGGCUCUGGUUGUGGAGCCGGGACCUGGAGAUCGAAGAGUUUGGACGCCUCUCAUUCCCCGGCCGAGCGUGCUUCUGCUUGGUCCACCGAUCUUGCUCUCAAAGAUUGCAGGUGCAAGACCUGGAAGCACCGCGGCACCCUUCGAGUGCCAGCUUCCAAGCUGGGUCGGGACAGUUGCAGCUGAUGUUUUGCAGGCCAUGGCCCGGGCCAAGUUGCAGGCUUCCUGGUUGGAGCCGACAGCGGACAGCCGAGCCCAGCAAAUCACAUGA